AUGGACCUUGUUGGUCCUAUUCAAACCGUGUCCCUUGGUGGAAAGAAAUAUAUUCUUGUCAUGGUUGAUGAUUUCUCUAGGUUUACUUGGGUCUCAUUUCUACGUGAGAAAUCUGAAACUUUUCAAAGGUUUAAGUCUGUUUGUCAUCUUUUGCAAAAAGAGAAGAUGACCAGUCAUCUGCCUCUUGUUAGAAUUAGAACAGACCAUGGCUCUGAAUUCGAGAAUUCUCAGUUUCUGAAAUUUUGCGAAGAGAUGGGAAUUAAACAUGAGUUCUCUGCACCUAUUACACCUCAGCAAAAUGGUGUUGUGGAGAGAAAGAAUAGAGUGCUUGUAGAGAUGGCAAGGGUGAUGCUAAAUAGCAAAAAUCUUGCUAAACACUUUUGGGCUAAAGCUGUCAAUACAGCUUGUUACAUCUCAAACAGGGUAUUUGUGAGGUCUAGUACCAAACAAACUCCCUAUGAGAUUUGGAAAGGAAAGAAGCCUAAUGUGUCAUAUUUUAAGGUCUUUGGUAGCACAUGCUAUAUUUUGAGAGAUAGGGAGCAUCUUGCUAAGUUUGAUUCUAAGUGUGAUAAGGGAAUCUUUCUAGGGUAUUCCACUUCUAGCCGAGCCUAUAGAGUGUACAAUUGUAGGUCCAGAACCAUCAUUGAAUCCAUAAAUGUCACUAUUGAUGAUUUUGCUGCCUCUAUAGAGAUGGCAUUAGAUGAGGAUGGUCUUUUUCCUCCUCCUCCACUUGUGCAAGAAUCUCCAGGUCUGGAUCUUGUGGUUGACCUGUCAACUUUUGAAAAUUCUGUCCCGGUUGACCUGUCAACCCCUUCAACUUCUAGUUCCAUCUCCUCUGUCCAGGCCAACAGCUCUCAUACUGAUCAUAGUUCUCUCAUUCCAUCUGCGAGUGUCAUUAUUGGCCCUCUUAAUCAGGGAGUGAGAACUAGGAAACAACUUGCUCAAGAAAUUAGCCAUGUGUGUUAUGUUUCCAAGGAAGAGCCUAGAAAUGUAAAAGAAGCCUUGCACCAUGGUGAAUGGUUUCUUGCAAUGCAGGAAGAAUUAAAUCAAUUUGUGAGAAAUGAUGUUUGGUACCUUGUUCCAAGACCAGUCCACACAAAUGUCAUAGGCACUAAGUGGAUUUUCAAGAAUAAAACCGAUGAACAAGGUAAUGUGGUGAGAAAUAAGGCUAGAUUGGUUGCUCAAGGAUACACUCAAAUGGAAGGCAUUGACUUUGAUGAAACUUUUGCCCCUGUUGCACGUUUAGAAUCAGUUAGAUUGCUUCUUGCCAUUGCUUGUCAUUUGAAAUUUAAACUUUAUCAAAUGGAUGUCAAAACUGCCUUCUUGAAUGGUGUCCUAAAUGAAGAGGUCUAUGUUGAGCAGCCAAAGGGUUUUGAAGAUCCACAUCAUCCAAAUGAUGUGUUUCGGUUAAAAAAGGCUCUCUAUGGUUUGAAACAAGCUCCUAGAGCAUGGUAUGAGAGGUUAUCCUCUCAUCUUCUAGGAAAUGGGUAUGUUCGAGGGUCCGUUGAUAAAACAUUGUUUGUGAAAAGGUUUAAAAAGGAUGUCUUGAUUGCUCAAGUGUAUGUUGAUGAUAUUGUGGUUGGUUCUACCUCUGAUUUGCAUGUUCAAGAUUUUAUUCAUGUCAUGACUAGUGAAUUUGAAAUGAGUCUUGUCGGUGAGCUUAAUUAUUUCUUAGGUCUCCAAAUUAAACAGAGCCAUGAUGGGAUCUUUGUAUCCCAAUCUAAAUAUGCAAAAAAUCUUGUGACAAAAUUUGGGUUGGAAGGAGCCAAAUCUGCAAGAACUCCAAUGAGCACUAGUGCUAAGAUUCAUAGAGACUUGCAUGGCAAAAGUGUGGAUCAAACUCUCUAUAGAAGCAUGAUAGGAAGUCUUCUCUACUUGACUGCUAGUAGACCUGACAUUUCUUUUAGUGUUGGUGUAUGUGCUCGGUUUCAAAGUGACCCAAAAGAGUCUCACUUGUUUGCUGUUAAGAGAAUUAUAAAAUAUGUGAGUGGGACUAGUGAGUUUGGGUUGUGGUAUACCUAUGACACUUGUGUCAAUCUUGUUGGGUAUAGUGAUGCCGAUUGGGCAGGCAACAAUCUUGUUGCUUGGCAUAGCAAAAAACAGAAUUCUGUCUCCUUAUCCACUGCUGAAGCAGAGUAUGUUGCCGCUGGGAGUUGUUGUACUCAACUCCUUUGGAUGCGACAAAUGUUGGAAGACUAUGGUCUUGCUCAAUCAUGUUUUCUAAUCUAUUGUGACAACAUGAGUGCCAUAGAUAUUUCAAAAAAUCCUGUUCAACACUCUAGGACUAAGCAUAUCGACAUUCGGCCCCAUUUUAUUAGAGAUCUUGUGGAAGACAAAAUUUUAUCUUUGGAAUUUGUUCCCUCUGAAAAACAGCUAGCAGAUAUACUCACCAAGGCCUUGGACUUUCAGAAACAUGGUACACUGAGGCAAUCCAUUGGCCUUUGUUCCAUUGAUUGA